AUGAAUCAUGAUAUCAAAAUCUUACCUUUUCGUUUUCACUCCUCCUCCGGUCCAGCAAUGCUUCGAUUUGAUGAUGGUUUAGAUAACGAGUGGAAGGGUUUCACUGUUUUCCCCGAAGUAAACCCUAGCCCUAACCCUAACUAUAGUUUCAAUUUCUUGGUAAAGAAGGCGACUCAGGAGAGUGAGAAAUCAACCCGUUCUUCUAUUUCCUCCCGUUCUUCGGCAAAAGAGGAUAGCUUCAGAAUGGUGUUGCCACCGGCCAUGCCUCCGCCUAGGGACUCCACCGUUCCGCUUCCUAUGUUCCCUGAGCCGAAGAGAACUCGGAAGAAACUUAACCACCAAGAAUGCAUUCUUUUACUGAGAAAUUCUCUCUACUCGAAGAAAAACUUUUACAAGGAAGAAGAUUUCAAAUGUAACGCCUUCUGCCUGUCUCUACCUGGACUCAGGAAACACAAGCCAGCUAGAUCUUCAAAACGCAAAGAUUCGAUGGAGAAGACGAAGAUGAUCACAGCGUCUUCCUUCACCUCGGUCGAGAAAUACGAAUGGUCCCACUCUUGGACAUCGACUACGUCUCUGACGCAAGAUAGCGGUCGGUCGUCGUAUUUUGAUUUACCGGUAGAGUUGUUGAAGUGCUGCAGCCGUGGAGGCGGAAAGGGAGGAAGAUAUGUGCAAGAACCGGCGACUUCUAGUUUCUCGUUCGAUAUAGAAACAGAGAUUUUGGCUAUGAGUAGCGUAUUAAAGACGAGGAGCUCACGCUCGUCGUUAGGAAGAGUCAGAGAUCGUCAGAGAUCAGCUGACUCACAGCAACGCCGUCUGAGAUUGUAAACUUUUUCUUUACCGUCGGUUUCGUGCCCUUCGUUGCCGUUAUCUUGUAUCACACCAGGAUUGCGUUAA